AUGGUAUUCAUUUUGAAAUUAGCCAUUGAUGUACUGACGAUUUCAGAGAAAAGUAGCACCCUGGAACGAUUCCGCCGUUCUGGUUUUCGGUGUGUGACAACAACCGUCUGUAAUUUUUCGGAAAGCAUGGGAGUUGUUCUGGGAUUGUUGAAAGGUUUCACAGGAUUAAGUGGAGCCAUCAUGACACAAAUCUACUUGGCUAUUUAUGGGAACGAUUCGAAAUCGUUAAUCCUGCUAAUUGCCUGGCUCCCCGCGACGAUUUCUGUGGUGUUUGUAUACACGAUCCGAGCGAUGACCCUGGUGAGACAACUGAAUGAGCUCCGAAUCUUCUACCAUUUCUUAUGCGUCUCGGUUUUUCUAGCAUUGUUCAUAAUGGGGAUGACGAUUGUUAAAAUCGAGAAUAUGAAUCAGAAUCAUGAACAUCAAACCAUAAAUCCCACAUCAUUGGAACUAGAUAAUCCAAAUCCAAAACCAAAAGCGAAAACAUCUUGUUUUGUGAAUGUGUUCUUGAAUAAACCUAAAAGAGGAGAAGAUUACAGUAUUCUUCAAGCACUUUUAAGCACAUACAUGUUAAUUCUAUUUGUUGCAACUUUUUGUGGGCUUGGAACAAGCUUAACCGUAGUAGACAAUUUAGGUCAAAUCGGCGAAUCUUUAGGUUAUCCUACAAAGACCCUAAAAUCAUUCGUUUCCCUUUUAAGUAUCUGGAAUUACUUCGGCCGGAUCUUCACCGGAUUCGUAUCAGAAAUCCUCCUGGUGAAAUACAAAUUCCCAAGAGCACUAACAGAGCUCAAGAAGUAG